UUAUACAAAACUUAAAAAUUGUAUAAAAACUUUGAAAAUAAUUUAAGUAUAAAUGAAAAAGAAAAAAAAAAUUUGAAAAAAGUUUCAUCAGAGAUUGAACCUAAAAUCCUAAAUUAAUGUAUCAACGUCGAUCACUUCUGCCACCGAUUCGACUGUUCUUCCAUAAAGGUAUAUUAUCCGUAAUAUUAACUGAUAGAAAGACCUUCACCACAAUUUUCUCGAGAAUAUCUUAAGGGUUCGACGACUUUACCAUACUAUUAGCGUAAGUAAAUAAUACGAAGCUUCAUUAAAAUUGGUGAUGACAGACUACCGGGUUUCGUUCGUUAGAUACAUCGAAGAACUAAAUAAGGCAAGAAUCAAACUCAUGAAAAAUUUACUCGUGUCUUCUAAACGCAGCGUAUUUAUUUCAUUACGUGGGAACGUGACAAUAUGUUGAAAUUUAUCGAGAGGGAAACUCCUCGAUUGUAUCAAAUAACACUGUUAUAAUUACAACUUUCAUGCUGGUAGUAAGGAUACCGAGAAGAUACCGCAAAGCCAAAUUAUUAAUGUAUCAUUCGUGCAGGGAUGGUAAGACUGUAACGUUUAAUCGUAGUGACUUGCGAACCUUUGUCGCGUGUGCACAUUGCUAUAUAGUCGUUUUCAUCGAUAGACAAAUUGUACUUACUAAGAAUCCUGUAGUAAUUAUUUGAUUCCAUUUUGUUAUAAACGUUCAUUACAAAACGUGUGUAUAAAGUAAAGCAUAUACUUACUGCGCGAUGUACUCCAAAAUAUACGUAACAAAAAUGCAAAUACUCUCUCUCAACUUUUUACUUUUGACCAUCUCUGGUUUCUGGCAACCAACUGAAUGGACUUCGAAAUGCUCCAAGUUGAUGUAUAAAAUAUUCACUUUCUUUUCGAUGUAUCUUAUGACGUAUCUGCUACUGACUCACUUGAUGUAUGUCAUCUUUAUUGUCGAUGGCUUGGAAAAUUUGGUCGCGUGUUCGUUUUUUAAUAUCGCGAUACUGCUCGGGUAUUUCAAAGUAAUUACUGUUAUAACUCGUCGCGAUCAGAUUAUUAAUUUGAUCAAAAUAUUACAAACAAAUCCUUACAAAGCCUGUGACGAGGAAGAGAUUGAUAUCCAGAUGAAAUUUGAUUAUACAAUCAGAUUUUAUACCAUGUCUUAUAUAAUCUUGUGUACAAUCUCGGGAUUAUCCUGUGCGUUUGGAGGUGUACUCUAUAUGCUACACGGCCAAAUACCCUAUGGGUUCGUGUGGGUACCUUGGGAUUGCACUUCGACUCUUGUAUUCUGUUUUACAUCUGUUCAAGAGAUACUGGGUAUACUUAUUGGCUUACCUGCAACCGUUGCAAUAGAAACUAUGGUAUUAGGAUUUUGCCUACAAAUAUGUGCACGAUUUGAAAUUUUGCUACAUCGUCUUCAGAAAAUGAUCAAACAUGAUGAGAAGGAAGCUAUUCCGACAAAUUGGUUAAAUAAAACAUCGAAUAAAAUAAGCAAAUUAUCGGAACAUGUUAUUCAUCAUUUAUGUAUAAUCAGACUUGCUGAAAUGAUCAACGAUGUGUUCAGUCAAAUCAUCUUCGUUCAAUUUUUCACCAGUACUUUUGUUAUAUGUUUAACUAUAUUCUAUCUGUCUUCUCAUAUGACAAUUGAAAACCUGUCUACUUAUUCUGUCUACGUAAUUUGCACGUUUGUGCAGAUAUUUAUGUAUUGCUGGGCUGGAAACCAAGUUACGACUAAGAGUACUGAAUUGGGCGAAGAGAUAUUUAACAUGGACUGGAUAUCGAUGACAAAAAACGAACAAAGGGAUCUACUGAUGAUUAUGAUGCGCAGCACAAUACCUAUCAAAUUUACUAGCACUUUUCUGGUGACAUUGUCUCUGGAAGCUUAUGGCAAUCUUCUGAAGACAUCUUUCUCUGCUUUUAACCUUUUGCAACAAGUUCAAAAGUAAUGUUUUAUUUAUAUCCUUUGGUAUUAUAGCACACUUUGUAUAUUUGGCAAUAGUAUGAAACUUUUAGUGAUGAAAUAGAGUAUAAAACUUUGAUAGUAUACAUAUAUGGCAAUAGUACGAAUAAAUCGCUUAUUGCAGAAUAUAA